ACUAGCAGAGUGCUUUAAUUCAAUUCCAAGAAAUCCUCCACCAAUUUACUUUUUAAAAAACCCAUACUUAGGAAGUUCGGAUUUUGGGAAGCAGUAUCUAUCACUUCUUCAAAUUUCCCUUUUUUUUUUACAGUUUUCCAGAAAUCCACCGAAGGUAGAAGAAGAACAAAAUUUAAGAAAACUGCACUAUUUUCAACAAAUAUCCAUCUUCACUUCCCCCAAAUUAGCUACACAGUCGAAGAGAGAGAAAGAGUUGAAGAAAAUAAAUUCUGCUCUUUCCUUUAUCUUUGUUUUUCAAAUUUCAGUUUAUGCAUUCUGGAAUUGUUUAUGUUUCUCGAAUUAUCGAUUUAGAGAGAGAAAGCAAGCAGAUAGGAGAGAGAAAGAGAAAAAUUAGGGUUUUGUAUAUAAUUAGGGUUUGCAAUUUGCAUAAAAACCAUAUCAUUUGAGAGAAGAUUAUGGAUGUAGUACUACACAUUUAUGAUGUGACAAACAGUGGUUCAGAUAAGACGAACAACACUAUUAUGCAGAUCAACAAGAUCUUCAAAGAUGGUAUUGGCUUAGGUGGCAUUUUUCACAGUGCAGUUCAGGUCUAUGGUGAUGAUGAAUGGUCAUUUGGGUUCUGUGAACAAGGAACUGGAGUCUUUUCCUGCCCUAUUACAAAAAAUCCUAUGUAUACAUACCGUGAAAAGAUUGUUCUUGGACAAACAAAUCUUUCGAACUCCAAGGUUAACCAGAUUUUGAGGGAAUUGAGUAGAGAGUGGCCUGGAUUCUCCUAUGACUUGCUAUCAAGAAAUUGCAAUCACUUCUGUGAUGAGUUAUGUGAAAGGCUUGAUGUUCCAAAACUUCCAGGUUGGGUUAACCGGUUUGCGCAUGCUGGUGAUGCGGCAGCUGAAAUAGCAGGAAACACUGCUUAUCGCUUCAAACAAGCUAAGACAGAGAUUGUGACGGCAAGCAAGGUUGCAUAUCGUUUCCUUGCAGGCAUUGCCUCCAACUCACAAGUGUCCCCAGAUAACCAAAGUCCCAACAGGACUUCACCCCGAUUUCAAGUUUCUUGGUUUAAGAACCUUGUUCCUGCUGGUGAUAAACCCUCCACAAGUGCGGUAAUCGAAGGGCCAAAUCAGGAGGUGAUUCGGCAGCAACAGGGAGAACAUGACGAAGCAACAGCACCUUUGAGACAGAAUGGGCGUCUUGGUAGCUAAUGGGAAGAAUACUUGGGAGUUUCUAAAUGAGAAGAGAAGCCAUGCACUUCUUCGUGAAUUGGUUCAUGUAACUGUGUAUCCUUGUAAAAUUAGCUGCUUUCUAAAACUCACUUAUAACUGAUUCAAAAUGUAUGAAGUACGAUGUAAAAAAUUCUUGUGUGUUUCGUUUUACCUGAAAUUGAUGGGAAAGCUUUACAUCUUGCUUCCCCUCU